CAAGAACCCGAUUUUGCGCUUCUUAAUGAUCGUUAGUUCUGAACAAGAAGUCCAGCGCUUGGGGUUCUGGUGGAAAGAAGUGCUGUCAAAAUAACUUGAUUGGACGCCACUCUCGAUCGCGAAGCCACUUCAUGGCGUCAACUCAAAUUCCACUGUCCUCAAGUUCGUGGGGAGGUUCUCAAACGAUACUUUCGGGGUCUCAGUGCCACCCAAUCUGGGAUAUCACAACGGCUCGCUUCUCACCAUGUUUUCUUCCAGUGAUAUCAGCAAUACCAGCUUCCUUAGCAGGGCUUGUUCUCUUGACGUAUAUCUUACGAUUAUUCGACACCUAUCGACCUCAAUGGACCAAACCUUUCAUUACAGAGACGAAAGAGAGCUUGGAUGACCUUCCUCCAGUCUCAAUUCAGCGCUCGUUAUGUGCAACUUAUGGCCUGCUUUUCGUCGCAUUGGUUGGAUUGUCAUUGCAGGCUAUCACUAUUUUCCUCCCGACUCAGCAGCUCAUAGCCGUUUAUCCCUCAAUCGCUUGGGGUGUCAUCAUUGCUAUGCUACUAGUGGAACGUCCGAGGACCGCUCCAUUAUCACUUUUGAUAAUAUUUAUUGGACUCUUGCUAACACAGUUGAUUGUACUUUCACAUACCAAUAAGUCUCUCACCGCCGAGGACAUUCCACUGAUCCUGGCACCAGUUGCAGCUCUUUGCGGUGUGUUCAUCAUUCUGAAUAUGCCUCUGCGAGACCCAAUCUUGUCACAUGAUGAAAUCAGUCCGCCAUAUAGCACCCCAACAUCGAAGCUGCGAACUCCUGAAGAUAACUUGACACCUUGGCAGUAUAUGAGUGUUUCCUGGAUGGUUCCGCUGAUCCAUAACGGGGUUAAGAGGAAGCUUGAUGACGAAGAUGUAUGGGAUCUUGGAUAUGACUAUAAGCAUGGAAGGCUUCACAACGCCUUUCGGGAACUUCGAGGUUCAGUCACCAACCGUCUUCUUCAAGCCAACGGAAUAGAUCUGAUACGCUCGACGUCGCUAGCGCUGAUUGAACUAUCCGCAACCCUGUUAACACCGGUAUUACUUCAACGUCUCCUUGCAUCAAUGAAGGACCCUGAAUCCCCCCGCAGUGCUACAAUCACAUAUGCAUGCAUCUCUCUAACCCUUCGUCUCACUUCAACCCAGUGUGGAGUAUUUAAGCUUUGGUAUAGUAGGAGAGCAUACGAACGAUCCAGGGGGGAGAUGAUUACAAUGCUCUACGAGAAAACCUUGAAUAGAAAAAUUCUUGGUGCUAAACAGAAUCCAAAGAGCAAGGAUCCCUCCAAUGGAACUAUGAACGGGAACUCCAACGAAGAUGCUAACGGAGAUGCUAACGGAGAUUCUAAUGGGGACAUAAACGCUAACGGGUCCGUAAAGCAAAGCAAAGGAUGGCAGAGCUUCCCUCGCGCUUUUGCUCUGAAGGUGUACGGGCUCAUACGUUUACCGUUCUCGAAGAAACCGAAGACACAAUCAGAAGAAACAAAAGAAGGCGCAUCGAUGGGGAAAAUUCUUAAUUUAAUGCGGAACGAUGUCUACGAAGUUUCGCAGAGAUUUUGGGACUUUCCAGAUAUUAUUACUAAGCCGGGUGGAGCAAUACUUGCUACUCUCCUCAUCUGGAGAAUGCUCGGCUGGGCGUGUCUGCUAGGUGUACUUGCACUCGUUGUUACUCAAACCCUCAACAUUGUAAUUGCGCGGUAUCAGGUUUACUUCGAGAAGAAACGCAGGACUGCAACCGACACGAAGCUUCAAAGAACCACCCAAUUCAUCGAAUCUAUUCGCCAUCUCCGCUGGUAUGGUUGGCAAGAAUCAUGGCUGAAGGGCAUUCUGGAAGCCCGACAAACAGAACUCAAUUUUCGAAUCAUCCAAAUAUUCUUCUCGACAACCCUUGCUUUUAUAAUCCGGUUUGGCGCUGUUCUAUUUCCUGCUGUUGCGUUUUAUGCAUUCACCGAGCUUGCUGGAAAGCAACUGCACGUAGAUCUCAUCUUCCCGGCCAUCGAUCUUUUCAACUUGCUGGAAUCCUAUUUGCGGGCUCUGCCGCAACUCAUCACUGUAAUGCUCAAUGCAUAUGUUGCGAUGGGUAGAAUCGAAGAUUUCAUGAAUGAACCAGAUAAGGAACAAACUGAGGUAGUCCCAGCGGGCACCGAAAAUCUUCAUCUAGAGAAAGCCUCUUUCGCUUGGCCCGGCGUCCCGAAAAAUGUUCUCGAGAACAUCACGCUGUCUUUUCCAAGCGGAUUGACGGUUAUCUACGGGGAAGUUGCUGCUGGUAAAACUGCCUUGCUACAGGCUUUCCUCGGAGAGAUGGAUAAGACUAAAGGGGAGCUCAUCCGUCCUGACGAAUUGAUCGGAUACUGUGCUCAAACUCCGUGGCUCCAGAGCAUGAGCAUUCGUGACAACAUCUUGUUCUCUUACCCCUACGAGGAGGUACGAUACAAGCAAGUACUUGACGCUUGUGCCUUGGUCCCCGAUAUGGCGAAUUUCAAACAUGGAGACCUCUCCAAUAUAGGCGAAAAUGGUAUUGGGCUAUCUGGUGGCCAGAAAGCGCGAGUAGCCUUGGCACGGGCUGUUUAUAGCAACGCCAUGGUACUUUUCCUUGACGAUCCUUUGUCGGCUCUUGAUCACCAGACCGCAGAAUAUAUUGUCCACAAGCUCUUUACCGGACCACUAGUAGAAGGAAGAACUGUCGUACUUGUUACGCAUCGUACCGAGCUAUGUCAUGGGCUUGCAAAGCAGUGGGUGGAACUAGACAACGGGAGAGCGACGAUCCAUGAGCCGGCCGAAGGGGAUAGCAACGGUCUUAAGAAAGUGCACACCAACGAAUCAAUCGACCCCGAAGAGGUGAGGAAACAGGAGGAAGAACAAGCUGCAGCAAUUCCAGAUAAGUUCAUUGAAGAUGAGCACCGAGCAGAAGGAGGUGUCAAGCUCCGAGUCUACUGGCGGUACAUAAAAGCCGGUACUCUCCGAUGGUGGUUCAUCUCGAUCUUUGUCAUGGCAUUCUUUCGCUUCCUCGACGUCCUCCAGACCUGGUUCAUCAAAGCCUGGGGCGAGGGUUACGACAAUGGCAACACCAAAGGCAUAUUCGACUUUCUUCCCCCCCCGGCUGAUAAUGUCCACCCUUGGCUGUUAGGUUUCUUCAUGUUUGCUGUGGGCACCGCAAUUCUGCUCUGGUGGACUAACCUCAUCAUGUUUGGAGUUGGGUACCAUGCUGCUAAAUCAAUCUUUAAAGAGGCUAUUGGGCGUGUUGCUCACGCAACUUUCCGCUACUAUGAUACGACCCCUGUUGGCCGGUUGAUGAAUAGGCUGACAUCGGACAUGAACACCAUCGACGGAGGGUUGAGUACAAUGUUCACCAUUUUCGCGUGGCACAUAAUCGGAUGGGCUUCAUGUGUAAUCGUCAUCCUAUCCGCUACGCCAGCAUUCCUAGCUUUUGGAACAUUACUAAUGAUGGGCUUCGUCUACACAUUCUACCACUUCCUUCCAACGUCACAAAGCCUGCGGCGUCUCGAAAUGGUCUCGCUGAGCCCGCUGAUGUCCAAUUUCGGCGCCUUGGUCGAAGGUCUGACAACCGUCCGUGCCUUCUGCGCGCAAACCCGCUUCCAAGCCAACGUCAUAAAAGUCGUCGACAAUUUUCAGAAAAAUGAUCACUUCUACUGGUCACUGCAAGCCUGGCUCACAUAUCGCUUCGGUGCCAUGUCUGCUAGCUCGACACUCGUGAUGACACUGAUCGCAGUCUACAUGGACAUAUCCCCAGGCCUGACCGCCUUCGUGCUCAUCACUGCUUCGCGAUUCGUCCAGUACACAGACACUAUGUGUCGAGUCUAUGGUGUACUCGAAAUGGAUUUCACGUCCGUAGAGCGAGUCGUCGAACUCCUCGACCUCGAAACCGAAACCCCUGGUGUCGUUGACCCACCAGCCUGGUGGCCAUCGUUCACAGGCGAUAUCGUCUUCGAAGACGUCACAGUCCGAUACGCUCCUACCCACGACCCAGCGCUGCAAAACAUCUCCCUGCGCAUCCCCGCUGGCAGCAACACGGCUGUGAUCGGACGCACCGGGUCCGGGAAAUCUACGCUUGCGCUCUCGCUGCUUGCCACCAUUGUCGCGGAAUCCGGCAGAAUCCUCAUCGACGGUGUAGAUAUUGCAACAGUAAACCGCCAAGCUCUACGUAGCCGCGUAACGUUUCUAGCGCAGGAACCUGUGCUCUUCCCUGGCAGCAUGCGCAAGAACCUCGACCCGCUUGACGAAUACUCCGAUGCCGCGUGCGAAUCCGUGCUCCACAAGAUCGCGGGCAACCACUCGUGGACGCUGUCCACGAACGUUGAAGGAGGUGGAAAAGGCUUGUCCCAAGGUCAACGACAGCUAGUUGGUCUCGCGCGAGCCAUGCUACGGCGCUCUCCUGUCUUGAUUAUGGAUGAGGCGACAGCGAGUAUUGAUUUUGAAACGGCACAGAAGAUUCAAGGGAUUUUGAGAGAGGAGAUGAGGGAAAGUACAGUGAUCACGAUUGCGCAUCGGAUUGAGGCGGUUAAGAAUGCGGACUUUUGUGUUGUUUUGGGAAAGGGGAAAGUGGUUAAGAGUGGGCGGGCUAGUGAUAUGUUGAGGGAGGGGAGUGAAUUUACGAGGAUGUUGGCGUAG